CAUCUGACCCUGCGCAGUAGUAUUUAUCCUUCACGUGUCCCGUUCCGCUUUCAGCGUGCUUAGACAUGCUCCACAGAGAACCCGGAACGAGAUUUACGGAAAGCAGAGGGCGGUUGCACCCGGGAUCAGCCGGAUUCCCAGAUUGCCGAGACCUGCCGAAGGAUUCCCGCGUGACCGCCUCUGAUGCGAUCUACACACUUCCGCUUUGCUUUCCCGCACUCCCGUUCUUCGUCCAACCGCUCAUGGGUCUACUGACGAUAAUCAGAAAGAACCGGCAGAAAGAAAAAGAAAUGCGGAUUCUCUUCCUCGGCCUCGAUAACGCGGGGAAGACGACUAUCCUGAAGAAGCUGAACGGAGAAGAUAUCAUGAGCGUAAGUCCGACGCUCGGGUUUAAUAUCAAGACGUUUGCGCAUGCGAAUUACACUCUGAACAUAUGGGAUGUCGGCGGACAGCGGACGCUCCGCCCGUACUGGCGCAACUAUUUCGAACAGACGGACGCCCUUGUGUGGGUGGUUGACUCCGGAGACAGACUCCGGAUGAAAGAUUGCAAGGACGAGCUGCACAGUCUGUUGUUAGAAGACCGGCUUGCAGGCGCCUCUCUUCUUAUUUUUGCGAACAAACGGGAUCUCCGGGGAUCUAUGAGCGAGUCCGAGAUCCGCGAUGCGCUAGAUCUGCGCGCUAUCAAGUCCCAUCAGUGGAAAAUCUGGUCCUGUAGCGCUGUCACAGGCGAAAAUCUGGUGACGGGCCUCGAUUGGGUGGUCGGAGACGUCGCGAAUCGGCUAUAUUAUUCUGUUGCACCCGUCGCGCAACUCUGAGACGCGCAUCUAACUUGGCCGACGUUUUGGCAGUGAGCGUUCAAGGGAUCACAUCUGCGUCUGUGCGCGUAGUCUGUUGCGAGAGGACGCAACUGUCGUUUCCGUUUCCCCAUUGAAGGCCCCGUUGGAUUGAAUUGAAGCUAGUGCAAAUGAAUGAAGGGUGAAGGCGCAAGAGAUAACUCGGAGGUUGAAUGCAUCAAGAAGAAAGUCACCUCGCCCCCGAUCUUUAGCUUCGCACAUCGGCCUCCACUUUACGUUUCGGUCUCUCAAUUCAAACCCUCUGGACCCGCGUCGAUCACUCUGAGAAGGCGCUAAGAUUCUCGCGAAGAAUGCUAGCCAGUCGUUGGUUGCCCGGGCUGACCUCAUUUCGGGCCCACGUCGCGCAGUGAUCUCCAGGUCAUAUGUACUACGAUGGCGGGUUCGGCUGGGCUCCGAAUGUCAGGACUUACGUUGCUUACCUCCGCAAGAUAUAUUUGCUUGCAACCGGGAACCCGAACAUAUGUCCGCCCACACGUAAGUCGUAUGUAAGUCGCAUGUUGCUAUCUCGGCCUGGGAAUUCUGCCAUCUUCCCGCAACGUCUCGGCGUGACAGCCGACAAAUCCCCAAUAUGCCUGAAAAUGAAUCAUCCCAGAAAGAAGACAGGCCAGACCAGCGAUGGGUUCCAAUGAUCAGGCGCACCUUGCGGGCCGCAUCGGAUCGGCUCAACGACCAAACGUUCGCGGGGCCACCGAUGGACACUCGUCGCACUAACUAACUCUCUUGGCGGUUGCAGAGAAAGAACAUUUACACCCCCGAUGUCACGCCGCAGGAAGAGACUAUGCUAUGCAAACUCAAUGCUCCUGCGCUUGACACAUUCUGUGCGUUAAGGUUUCAGUGGUUCUAGAUCGACCAACCGAGGCGUUUGUGCGACCAGUUGUUUACAUUGCAUUGGGUUGGGUCGAAGGUGCGAAACUCAUUAGGCUUCGAGGACCGCACUCGAGUGGACUGCUGCGGACCUGCGACGGUUCCUGUGCAUGCAAGUCACGAUCAUUUAUUCCCCCGUCUUCGCCAUGCAGGAAGCGAGGCUGAAUCGAGUUGCUCGCGCCACUGGUGGAUCCCCCGGCCGAGUGCCAAGUCUGAGGAAAAUCAACUCGCGGCGAUGUUCGCUUCCAGGCGGCGCGUGUGUCAGAGCGCGACAGUGUCUUUGUCUCUACGUGUCUGUGUCUAGCCUGUGAAUAACCCGAAGUGGAAGAGUGAAAUGUAUCGAAGAACACAUGGAGACACCAUGCGAAAUGUCAAACAAAACAGGACAUGAAAUCGAGGCCCGUGGCCGGUGCGUUGUCGAGGGGAAACGUGACACCAAGACUCCCAGCCGACAGGAAAGACUCCGAAGGAGAGAGAGAGAUGCGGGUGGCGCUGAUCGCCAUCACGCAUUCUUGAUCGUGCCGGGGAGUCACGAUACGACUGAGCACGCCAUCUCCCAAGCUUGUCCCUCGCAAAAGUUCGCCGUCAACAGGUUCUCUGUGCUACUCCGCGCAUAUCAUCACCUCCGCAGAAUAGAUGUCGUCUUGUUUCUAUCAUCGGGCACCUGCCACCGGCUGUGGGCCUCGAGACAUUCCUGAUCGAAAUCCAGUGUGCAGAAGUCGUCGCUUUUUUGCCAUGCACGCUCAUGCCCCACCAAAUAAAGUCCGACUUGUCCCGCACCGGCUGUCGCGACAUCUGAUGCUCUCACGGGACUGUUUGCUAUCCUUCCGGGUUGUGAGGACAUAAUAACGCAGAGAUCGGCGACAACGCAGCCGAAGAGCGAGGGGGGAAACGCUCGCAGGUGACUGGCUGGACAGGGUCGGCGCGGCUCGGGCGGCGGCCGCGGCGACCCGGACGGACUGGGGUGACCGAGUGCCGCCACAGCCCCGACAUGGAACAUGGACGGACGAGGCGGGAUAAUCGCGGUGACAGAGUGUGGGGAAGAGGGAAUCCCGGGAGGAAUCCUGGGAUUCAUUCGGCGUGAGAAGAAAAGGCAAUCGCACGUGGAAAGAUGCGAGCUACCUUCCUGCCUUGAGAGCCAGUCUGCAUUCCUGAUUUGGGUGACGCCAGAUUGGGAUGGCUGGUCCUGGCCAAGGAGUCUAUAGGAAUUCUGUGGUGACUUCCAGCCGAUGCCGAUCUCGAUACGACAUGCCCCACAGCGCGAAGAAAAAUGGCACUCCCAAAUCCAACCGAACAUAAAAGCCGUCGUCUCGUCCGACAUCUCGCACUUCCUCAUCCAUCCAUCCGCCCCCGCCUCCGCGACAAUGCCCUCGACCAUCUCCCAGUCGUGCGUCCCACCCAAGUUCGCGCCGUCGUCCAAGGCCCUCCAGUCCACCUCGUCCUCGCUCCUCGCCCUCUCCUUCAGCCCCUACUCUUGGGUCUGCACAUUCGCGCGAUCCUCCAUCCUCUCCGUGCUCGACGACGCUAUCACCGUCGGCCACCUAACGCUCUCCGACUCUGAGGGCACCCGUUUCUAUGGCCAGCGCGGCAAGGGUUGCAAUGAGGUCCACAUGAAAGUCGUCAACGAAAACUUUUGGUUGCGGCUCAUACUAUCUGGUGAUCUCGGCUUCAGCGAAGCCUUCAUGAUUGGAGAUGUCGAAGUUUCAAAUCUUCGAAGCGCAAUGAACCUGUGGCUCGAAAACCAGGCGGGCAUGGAGGCCACGCUAUCAUCAACCGUCGCCAAGAUCUCGUCCGCCGUGUCGGCAUUAUACAACAACGUGCUCGGCCAGACGCGAUCUCAGGCUCGCUUGAAUGUCAUCGCGAGCUACGAUCAGUCGAACGAGUUGUUCAAGGCCUUCCUCAGCAAGGAGAUGAUGUAUUCUUGCGGGCUCUGGAGUGAUGCCGAAGGGGGUGUCCGCGGUGACCUCACAUCUGGGCCCACGCCAGGCGACCUCGAAGCAGCCCAGCUUCGCAAGAUCCGGCAUGUUCUCACAAAAGCCCGCGUCAAACCCGGUGACCGCAUCCUGGAGUUCGGCAGUGGCUGGGGGGGUCUGGCCAUCGAGGCUGCACGCACUUUCGGCUGCGAGGUCGACACCCUCACCCUUUCCAUCGAGCAAAAGGCCCUCGCCGAGGAACGUAUCAGGGAUGCCGGCUUCGAGGGCAAGAUUCGAGUCCACCUGAUGGACUACCGUGAGAUCCCCGCCGAGUUCGAAAAAGCAUUCGACGCGUUCGUGAGUAUUGAGAUGCUCGAGCACGUCGGCUCAAAAUACUACAACUUGUACUUCAAGCUUGUCGACUUUGCGCUAAAGUCUUCACACGCAACAGUCGUGAUUAGUGCAUCAACGUUCCCUGAAUGUCGAUACUCCGGCUAUCAAUCUGAGGACUUUAUGCGACGGUAUAUGUGGCCCAACUCCUGUCUCCCCAGUGCCACCGCGCUCGUGACCGCAGCUCAAGUCGGCUCUGAAGGCCGAUUCACACUUGAAGGUGUCGAGAACCACGCUGCCCACUACCCACGGACGCUCAGGGAAUGGGGCCGGCGGCUCGAGGCGAAUCUCUCGCAGGAUCUCGUAUCCCAGGAUUACCCGGGACUGCGCAACCGGGCAGACUACGACGCAUUCAAACGCAAGUGGCAGUACCUGUUCGCAUACGCCGGUGCCGGCUUUGCUAAAGGCUACAUCACCUGUCAUAUGCUGACCUUCAUCCGACAAAAUGACAUUCCCGCCGAAGCUUGCGACUGAGGGCGACUCCUCACGCGCCCCUUCCUCACUUCCAUUCUUUCUACGGGACUCGGGACUCGGCGGACUAUCUAUAUAUUAUCUUUAUUCGCUCCUCUCACUUUUACUCUACCUCGGAACCAGCAUAGAACUUGUUUGUAGAAUAGUCGUCACGAAAUUUCAGCAUAGAACCCGCGCACGCCGUGC